AUUUUCAGUAAUGGCGACCAAAACAGAAAUGGAAGGUUCUCCAAAUAUUGAGCGGGAGCGUAGUUCCAGUGAUCCACAUCCUCAAGUAGAAGCUGUGAAUACUUUAAAGAUUGAUGCCGAAAAAGAGAAACAGAAUGGCGCUACUAGGUCCAGUUCUAUUGAUAAUAUGAAGGCAUCUGGGCAACAGAAAGAACACAAAGGAAAAUUAUACAAUUUAAGGAAUUUAUUUAAACCAUGGAAAUGGAGGCGAAAAAAGAAAAGUGAUAAAAUAGAAAAAACUGCAGUUGAUUUAGAACGUAAAAUCUCUGUUCGCACCAGUAGAGAAGAACUUAUUAAACGAGGUGUCCUUAAGGAACCUGAACCCGACUGCACGCACACACUAACUGCCGGUGAAGUGUUAUCUUAUACAGAGUCUUCCAAAGAGAAGAAUGGAGCUGGUCCAGUUCCAGACAAUGCAGAUUCCCGGGUGAGUGGAGGGGCAGGGGAGCCCAGUGUUGAGGGUGACACUCAACCCAAAACGACAACUGUCACUACAGAAGCUGAUGUUGUAUCGCAGGCCAAAGACAAUCAAGUAAGCACACCAGAAGUGCCUCCCAUUACGACAGUUCACAACUCAGAGCCCCCUGAUAAGAAUGGUGGUACAGGGGUCCACAUAGAGACUAUAAAUGUGACAGUAGGUCAGGGAGAUGGACAGGAAAGUGUGCCUCCUGUAACAAUAAUCCAACAGAAAGACACAGAAGUUACAUCAGUUACUCGGCCUAUCACUUUAAAUGGUACUCAGAAUUCAGAAGAUUAUGACAAUCUACCAAGCUACCCUCCACCCACACAGGAAGUUGUGACAUCCCCUCCCCCAGUAAUACAGCCUGGUUCGCCAGAGGUCCCUAACUACCCCCCACCAGAACCUCCUGUGACCAAAGUCCUCCCAGUUGUCCAUACCACAGCAGGAGAUGAACACAUGCCAACUGUUGGUCUCUCCACUACAUCAUUUACAGAGGUGCCUUCACGUGAACCUGACCUGAAUAAGAAACCUGUCAAAAGUGCAUUAAAAGGUGCUAAUCCACCCCCUAUGCCGCCCCCUACUACUAUACAGAAACAACGGCCAGCCACUGCCCCUAAACCUAGGAUAGCCAGAAGGCCAGCAUCUAAUACCGGUACUAUUGAAGAAAAUAAAGAAAAUGUUCCAAGUUCCUCUGUGCAUGUUGGUUUUGCACCUGUACCAAGAGUGACACCUGUUGCGCCAGGACACACAGACUAUGACAAUGUUCCAGGAGACGAUUCAUCAUCAGAUGACGGAGAAAUCAAAUACCGAGAUGAAGAUGAUGAUGAUGCCCCUAUGUCAUCACUUGCAGCCAAGGUGUCACGACAGGACAGUUUAGCACGAUUUCUAAGCCAGCGUCCAGCCAUGAAAGAACUGCAAGAUCGCAAUAUCAUACCACAAAAAAGUGAUACAGAAAAAGAAGAUAUUAAAAAAAAAAUAGGCAGUACAUUGACUCGGAGACUUAGUUUACGACCUACUUUAGAAGAAUUAGAACAAAGAAACAUUUUACAUUGCCAGACAGAAGAGCAAGUACGGCGUGACAUAGAAGAGAAAAAGAGAACUUUAAUACGAAAGUUAAGUUUUAGACCUACAGUUGAAGAAUUAAAAGAGCGCAAGAUCAUAAAGUUCAAUGAUUACGUUGAGGUGACGCAGUGCGAGCCGUAUGACAGGAGGGGGGACAAGCCCUGGACCCGCCUCACCCCUAGAGAUAAGGCUGCUAUUAGGAAAGAAUUAAAUGAAUUCAAGGCAGGAGAAAUGGCAGUCCAUGAGGAGAGCAAACAUUUAACGAGAUUCCACAGGCCAUAGGCUACUGUACCAGCCACUGACUUAUAGCCAGACUGCAAACUGGAGGACCCUCACCCCUUAAAAGCAAACAGCAUGUACUUAAGCACCCACAUUGGACAAAUAGCCAUGUGCCUAUAGGAGGACACUCAGUAAUAGAAACAGAAUUGGGAAUGUUCUCCAAUAAAGUGGUGUUCAUUGGAUUGGAAGUGAGCAUAUUCAGUGAUCAAGACCAACCUUACACUUGUCCAGGGAUGGUCACUAAAAGGCCUAUAAAUGAUUUGAGGCCCUAUGGAUUGCUUAAGCCUAUUGAUAAAAAUGGCCUUUGAAAUAAAUAAGACCCAAAAAUUUGGAAUGAAUUAAAGUGGGGCACUUCUUGCCUUAUAAGUUAUGAUAUAAUUGAAUGUACUUUUCUGAGGUUAUAUUAGCAGACAAAUUGGUUGAUCCAGGAUAUCUUAUCAUGGUAUAGCCCAUGAUCUAAUCAAACAUUUGGAGAUGCUGCCAUAGUAAUGGGGAUGUAUUAUUGACUCAACGGCCUAAUAUUUCACCUCUUCUAUGUAUUAAGUAUCUCAACCAAUGAUUGGAGGCAGGAGAUGUCUGGUCAGUGGCUCACUAUGGAUUCUUCUUAAAUCUGGUCAUAUCAUACCGCUUAAUAUCUCUGAUGGUACUGUCUUAGAGCAGGGCUUCCUCCUGAUGGGGUUUUAACAUUAUUUAACACUAGUGCCACCUAUUCUAGUCCAGCAAGCCUGGAAAGUUGAUGGUACCUCUGGAUAUUUUAAGACAUAAGAACAAAGGACUUUGAUUCCUAGGACUCAAAUCUUAUGCCUGCUGUUGAUAAUAUUCACAAAAUGGAAUUGUUUCAUUGAAGCUUGACAUUUUAUAUGCCGUUUAUAUUUUCAGUAGCCUAAAUUGAAUUUGUUGGCACAGUUAUAUUCUGAAUUUUAAAGUGUAAAAUAGCAAGAAUUUUUGUAUGUAUGUGUAUUAUAUGUAGCAAACUAAACAAUAAUAGCUUCUGAAGUUUACUGACUGUCAAUACAGCCACUAUCAUUUAUCAAUUAGGUUUUUACCUGCCAAAACCUGUAAAUAUAAAAAUGAAUUCUAGAAAUGUCCAGAGAUGAUGUUGAUUUUGAAUUUUAAUGUUGAGAUACAAACAUAAUGCUUACGAUUUCAGGAUGUUCAGUUUUUAAUAUUCAUCAUGAUUCUUAUAUAAUAUUCAUGGAUUCUUGUGUAAUAAAUAGGAGCCAAAUUUAGAAUAAUUCUAUCAUGGUAUCAAAAAUCAGUCUAAACUGAAAACAUUCUCAUUUUGCUAUACAAUUUUAGUAUGUUUUAUUUUAAAAUGUUGUGAAAUUUCAGUGGCAAAUAUAAAUGUGUCAAUUUGAAUUUUUAUUCCAGUGUAAAAUAUGAUUUUAAGAGAAAGUGGUGCAGUGAUCUAAAAGCACAGCCUAAAUAUGUAACACAUGUAUGGAUACAUCAUUGGAUCAC